AUGGAUGUACACAAUGCAUUCCUUCAUGGUGAUCUUGAGGAAGAGGUUUAUAUGAAGCUCCCACACCCUUUUCGUCAUUCUCAUCCCGACAAAGUUUUUCGUCUCCGGAAGUCGUUGUAUGGGCUGAAACAAGCUCCUAGAUGUUGGUUCAACAAUGAUAGCUACAUGCUCCAAAAGUUCAAGCAUUACUUGGGGAAGUGUUCCUCUAUGAAAGACUUGGGCAAACUGAAGUAUUUUCUUGGUAUUGAAGUAUCUCGGGGUUCCGAAGAAAAUUUUCUAUCUCAACGCAAGUAUGCGUUAGAUAUUGUGGCCGAUAGUGGCAAUCUUGGUUCACGGCCGGCUGACACACCUUUAGAACAGAAUCAUGAUUUGGAUGACGAUGAUGGUCCGUUGUUGACAAAUCCUACUCCCUAUUUCGUCCAUGUGUUAUCUCAGUUUAUGCAAGAACUGCGUGAAGCUCAUUGGGAAGCUGCUUUGCGGGUUGUGAAGUUCUUGAAAGGUUCGCCAAGGCAAGGUAUUCUUCUCUGUGCAGACUCUGACUUGUCUCUCACGGUGUAUUGUGAUUCCAAUUGGUCUUCCUGUCCUAUCACUCGACGUUCUCUUAGUGCCUUUGUUGUUCUUUUUGGUGGCUCGCCUAUUGCCUGGAAAACCAAGAAACAAAAGAUUGUGUCUCAUUCUUCCGCUGAAGCCGAGUAUCGUGCCAUGUCCAUGACCCUUCGUGAGAUUUAA